CGCUCCCUGAGCCGGUCGGAGGGUGUCGCGAGCGAGCGAGGGCGCGCGCGCGUGAGGGAGAGAGGGCUCCACUGGGUGAUUUUUUUUAAAACAGAAAAUGGCGACCACGGUGUUCCCGGGCGUGCGGCUGGUGUCGAUCGGGGAUCAGAACGGGGAGAUCCAGCGGCGCUCAGACCAACAGCCGCUUAAACUGGAGAUUAAAACCACCCAGGACAGCGCGUUCAUCAGCCUCUACAGCAAUGAGACGGUCUGUGUAUUUAAGUGUGCAGUGAGUCGGGAAACGGAAUGCAGUCGUGUCGGCAAACAGUCUUUCAUUGUCACAUUGGGAUGUAGCAGUGUCCUCCUACAAUUUCCAUCACAGAAUGAGUUCUACUCCUUUUUCAAUAUUCUGAAAAACUGCAGAGGUCACAACAUUGAACGAUCUGUCUUCAGUGACCGAACAGAGGAGUCUUCUGCUGUGCAGUAUUUCCAGUUCUAUGGAUACUUAUCGCAACAACAGAAUAUGAUGCAAGACUAUAUACGGACAGGCACUUACCAAAGGGCAAUACUCCAAAACCAUGCAGACUUUAAAGACAAGGUUGUACUAGAUGUGGGAUGUGGCUCUGGAAUUUUAUCAUUUUUUGCUGUGCAGGCAGGAGCACGAAAGGUGUUUGCAGUGGAAGCAAGCACCAUGGCUCAGCAUGCUGAGCUUCUGGUAAAGAGCAACAACCUAGCAGAUCGCAUCUUCAUCAUCCCUGGGAAGGUGGAGGAGGUUAACAUCCCGGAACAGGUUGAUAUUAUUAUUUCCGAACCCAUGGGCUACAUGCUCUUCAAUGAACGAAUGCUGGAGAGUUACCUUCAUGCUAAGAAAUGGUUGAAACCGAAUGGUAAUCUGUUUCCAACCCUUGGUGACGUUCACCUAGCGCCCUUUACAGAUGAGCAGCUUUACAUGGAACAGUUCACAAAAGCAAACUUCUGGUAUCAGCCAUCUUUCCACGGUGUGGAUUUAUCAGCCCUCCGAGGUGCAGCAGUAGAUGAAUACUUCAAGCAGCCUAUUGUGGACACAUUUGAUAUCAGGAUUCUAAUGGCCAAGUCGGUGAAGUACACAGUGAACUUUCUAGAAGCCGAAGAGAAUGAUUUGCACCGGAUAGAAAUUCCAUUCAAGUUCCAUAUGUUACAUUCAGGGUUAGUCCAUGGUUUGGCAUUCUGGUUCGAUGUGGCCUUCAUUGGUUCCCAAAUGACGGUGUGGCUGUCAACUGCUCCGACAGAACCUUUGACCCAUUGGUACCAAGUUCGCUGUUUGCUUCAAUCGCCACUUUUCACCAAGGCAGGUGAUACGCUGUCAGGGACUGUCAUGCUGAAUGCCAAUAAAAGGCAAAGUUAUGAUAUUAGUAUUGUAGCCCAGGUGGAUCAGACUGGUUCAAAAUCUAGUAAUGUACUGGACCUGAAGAACCCGUUUUUCAGGUACACAGGAACAACUCCGUCACCACCUCCAGGUUCGCAUUAUGUAUCGCCAUCUGAGACCAUGUGGAAUACAUCUGGCUCUUACAAUCUCAGCUCAGGACUAGCAGUAUCUGGAGUCCCAACGGCAUAUGAUCUGAGCAGUGUAAUUGCCAGUGGAUCUGCAGUCAGCCACAACAAUCUGAUUCCAUUAGCCAACACUGGGAUAGUGAAUCACACUCACUCAAGACUGGGAUCCAUUAUGAGCACAGGAUUUAUACAGGGGUCUUCAAGCGGUGGACAGGGUGGAGUGAUUGCCAGUAGCAGCCACUAUCCAAUCAACAGUCAGUUUACCAUUGGCGGUGCUGCCAUCUCCAUGGCUUCUCCAAUGUCCAUAAGCACCAACACAAUGCACUAUGGGAGCUAAGAAUUCAUGAUACCACCUCCGACUUUUUGAACUGACACUUUCGAGAGGAUACAAACCAAAUCCAGAUUCAGUUCCCUCUCCAAAAAACCCAAUCUCUGAAUUGUCCAAAUUCAUUGUCCAUGGAUUUAGUUCAGCCUGAGGGUGGGGGUGUGUGUGUGUGCGUGUGUGUGUGUGUGUGUGUGCGCGCGCGCGAGCUUUGUUUUUGCCAUUGGGAAUGACAACAUACAAAUUAUUUGAUACCAGACUUGUAAAGUUUUAUAUAACAAAAAUGGGGGUGGGAAAAUAAAUGCUGUUUUGGUCCUGCGAUUAGACUGCGUAGUUCAUAAAUUUUCUCAUCAGUUUGAUGUUGGAACGCUGCAAUUAACAUAUCUUUUAAAACAGACGUGUCCAGUAUGUUGGGGGCAGAUAGUUGAUAGGAGUUAUCCAUUACCUGUUUUACCUUUGACUUUUCCUUCUCUGAUGUCUCUCGCCCCCUCACCCAACUUCCCAACCCCAACCUAAAUCUGGUUAAUUGAAGAUCUUGGGUUAAUGGAGACUGUUAGUUGAAAGUUUCAAAAGUGACAAAUAUCGGCUGUAAACGUAAUAAAUAUUACAAAUGUUUUUGAUAAUUAAGACAUUUUAUCAUUUAAGGUUUUCUUUCUAUAAGGCAAUUUCUUUUAAGUGUGGAUAGACUGCAUGAAAAAUGUUUUUCCCCAACUCCUUUGAAACCUACAGUGAUUGGAAAGUUUCCAGGCUCAUCUCAUGGAGGAAGUGUUUCUCAGGGCUGAUACGAACUGAGUAGCUGUAGGAAAGGAGCAGGUAUCUGAACAUUGUUGAGUUCUUUCUUGGCACCUGUCUGAUUUGCUUCUUGUGUGUCUUACUUCCAUUUUGACCGUUUUGCAGCAUCUCCACAAAGCCAGAAGCUUGAACCUGUUUGAAUUAGUGCUGUUUUUGGGGUAGCUAAAAAUUGCACAGCUUAUCUGUUCCUCGACAAUGCCAAGAGCACCCAUGCGCUGGCCAGCUCUUGAUCCAAACCAACGUAUUAAUGCUUUUUAGCUUUAUGACUGUUUAGAUUAAAGAGGGAAUGAUUAACAGUCCUACAUCAUUUGUCUUUCUGUAUCCAAUUGUUUGAUUUCUCUGUUCUACCUUUAUGCUGUCAUUUUUGUUGUGAUUUCAGCUUUGUGUUGAAACUGCAAUGCUAGUUAGUUGAGCAACCUGCACCACUGCUAGUGCCGCUGCUCUUGGAAUGGCAGGCACCGUACACUCACUCAAAACGGGUCCGACUACCUUAGUGCAAGUAUAUGUGUAUAUUGAAUAUCACCUCCAUACACAAAAAGGAAUGCUGCAGAUUUGGUGGUAGAUGUAUUCACUAGCAACAGGUCAUUGUGGUUAGGGUAUGGGAUUUUGUACUUCACACUCCAGAUAAACUAAGUUAUAUUUGCCCACACCUUUCUGUGAUUAACUUCCAAAUCUAUAGAUUGAAGGUAAUGAAAACUUCCACUUUUCUAUCAGCUCUUAGAGGGAACCAGACUGUUUUUCCAGUAUUUUCUGAUUGUUACAAUAUCUGUAUAUUUCUAUUGAAAUAGUUGUAUUAUUACUGGCAGCAAUCUCUGAUAGAAGGAAGAAUUUCUUUAAACUGAGGAUUGACUGUAGAACCUAGCUGUCUUGUCAUACAAGAUGUUUUUCUUUGAAGAGAGGAUUCAAAUCAGCCAAAUUCUUUGCUUUCCAAUAUCUUGGACCCCAACUCUGAUGAGUUUGUUGACUGCCUUCAUUUUUCAGAUGUCGAUUAAUGCUAAUGCUUUGUUCAGGAGAUGGAGAGAGGUUGUAUUGAUUUUCUUGAAGCACUCAAGCUUUGUAAAUUUGGCGGACAGUUUCUGGUUCAGGCAAAUUUUAUUUCAUAUGGUGAGUUGAAGUAUUGAGGAUUAGUAGAUUCGGAAUGAACGGGUCAGCUAUACCUAUAGAAGAAAGACACCUUCUGCAAUUGAUCAUUGUCUUGAGUCAUUGCUGAGGCUUUAAAUAUAAGAAUUGAUGGUGCAUUUGUUAGAUUUACCUGCAUCUCUGGUACAGGUCUAGCAUAGCAAUUAGUAAGAGCUCUUUGGAAACCUAUGGGUGUGGGAUGUGGCGGAGAGGUAUUAGUUGUGCUGCUGUGCAAGGUGGGUAUACAUGUACUCCAGAUAGAAUUAUCUAUUGCUUUGUGCACAAAAGCUGAUCGCACAUUUGGCCCAUUUAGUAAAGCUUUGUGGGUGCCUAUUGAAAUUCCAGUUCUUUGUUGUGGCAUUGAAAGUUCCAUUGUUCACAGGUGGCUGGUUACAUUCUCAUUUGCAUAAUAAUUUCUGGGACAAUGGGUCUCAUUUAAACUGAACUUUUCAUUGAAUCAGGAGGUGGAUACCCACAGCAUUAUGUCAAUGACCCUGGAUCCCAAACUAAUUAUUAGAUGGUAACUUUUAACAAAUUUGUAUCUACAGUAUUGUUAGUCACAGGUCACUUAUGCUGUUGCAGUAGCUCCAAGACAGUGAUUAUUCUGCAGAAUUGUCUAUCAAGGAAGCGUUUUGGACAAAGUCUAGUCGUAAUUUAUUGUGAAUAUUCUUUUUAGAUUUGUUUUAUUUUUGGAGUAGAAAACUGUUAGUUGCUUCCUGCCUGGAAGAAAAAUUGUUGUCUCGCUGGACAUGAUCCUAAGUAACUCUCUGCUUUGCUGGCGAUGAUUUUAAAGAAAGGUCCUAUGACUCAGAAGUGAACCACUUUAAUAAUCCCCGUCCUUGCUACCUCACCCGUAGCUAUUUUGCUCACAAUGGCUUUGGAGUGGUUGCCUGAGACAGGCUAUUGAUGUGUUUUAACUGUUGGCACACGAGCUGCAAAAGGUUUAAGUUUUCUGCUAUUCCUCAAUCUUCUGGUAAGGGUGUCUUGUUUCAGAAGAGCUGUUAAUUCAAUUUGAUUUUAACAUUGGUUGACAAGCAGUACAAAUGAAAGAGUCCAGCACAGUCAUUGUUUGUUCUCUGAUCUCUUCCCCACCAGUCACUAUUGUCCUAGUGACUCUCUCUUUUUUACUCCAUUCCCCAAAAAGUACUAAAUUGUGAACCAUACCUCCCAAAAGGUAUCCAGUUUGUAAAAGUUGUAUGACACCUUCUGCCUUGCUGUCCAAUCAGAAAUAAAUCUGGGUUCAUAAAUGAUUACUUUCACUCUGAACCCUUCCACGUAGCUUUGAGCUGAACAUUGGGAUUUUUGGCAACUACUGACUGAGCACAGCCAUUUGGGCAUCAAGAGGAGUCUGAGAAAAGUGAAUGGUGCCUCAGCUAAUGCACCAGUAUAAUCCAUCCAUGACUAGUGGAUAAGGCACCUGUGAUUUCUCCCUGCCCAACCUGUCAAAACCCAUACCCAUUGUUUCGGUCCUAAACGGUGACCUGAUCUUGUAUGGGUCUAUAGAGUGCGUGUUAUAUACUACACAAUGUUCAGAUCAAUCUGGUUGGUAAAUAUUUUAAUACAUCAAUAGGUUUUUGUGGCUCUGAAAAUCGGUUGAUACAUCCUAAAGUCGAGGGAUUAUUUUUGGGGUUGAGACUUUGUCCUGCGAUUUAGCUUAGCUUAGCUUGGCUUGUCUGGAGUGACUUCCAUACAACCAAGGUUUGGGCUACUUGCUUAAUAUUUCUGUGGAAACCGUACACCUCGGCUUUGCCUAUAUGUUUUCUUGACCUGGACAUCAAAAAGUAUCAUUGUUCCUCUUUUUCUUGAGGGUCAAACUAGUAUUAGUCUAUUAAUCACUAUCAGAUUGUUUGUUUCUUUUUUUUAAGCUUUUAACCCAUGCCAAUGGGAACAGAAAAUAUGGCUUUUCAGAAUAUAAAUAAAACAUUGGCACCCAUUAGGAUCCACAAAGCUCUGCUCAAUAUAUAGAGAAUGCUUCUUAAGUGCUAGUUAGGUAUUGGAGUUUUACAGUGUGGAACUCUUAAGUUAUAUAGGCAUGAAUGAGUCAUUGUGCACAGCUGAAGGAACACUUGCAAUGUAUUGUCAGGUUUAUUAGUGAAUGAUCGCUGAAUCUUGGUGCAGUGUGCACCACCUAUAAUUCUACAAGGUGUGUGAACUUUGCGCCAUAAUCCUGUGUCAGUGUGAUCCCUAAUUGAGUAUUACAGAGCAGGCAUGAUUUCAACAUUAGCCUCAACCAUCUCAAUUAGGCUGUUUUGUAGAAUAUUUCUACAGUAAAAAGGAUUUUAAAAAAAUUUAGAAUGGGUAAGGGUUUAAUGUGAUAAAUUAUCACAGCGAUGGCUGACAGCAAGGAUAAUUGAUCUGCGAUUAGCUGGGCAGGGGGCAUAGUAACUGGUGAAACUUGAAUGGAACAGUUCAGAGUUACUAAUGUGGAUCCCAUUUGAAAGUUUGGGAUUCCCCUUUUAAUUGGACCUAUUUUUGUAAUCCAUGCAGCUAGAGUUGUGUUGAAGUGAAUUGUGAACAAAUAAUUUUGGAAAGAUGUCGCUCAUCUGAUGAAUUAAACUCUGGUGGAUCUGCCCUUGUAAAUGUUUUCCCUGUACAAUUUGUACAAAGCAUUGGGCCGAAUUUUUAUUCUGCUUUUGGGCUUUUUAAAAUCAUCUCCUACUUUACAAAUGAGGCUUGUUAUUGACCCUGAACUAUUCUUGUUAAUCCAUUUACAGCUAUCCUGAUCCAAACCUUGCUAGAGGGUUUUACCAACAUGUAGUUUAGUGUUUUAGUAUAAUCUAGAAAUGUUUCUGUAGUCUGGCUAGACCUUUAUUCAUCUGUGUUGUGUGUAGAUUUUAUUACAGCGACAUGAGAUUGUUAGACCAUAUUAGAAAAUCAUCCUGUAAUACAUGAAUUAUCAAAUAAAACACUAAUAUUAGA